AUGCAUUAUAAAAGGCUUGAUUAUACCUUUAACGAAGGCUGUAAAGAUCUUUGUAAAAAUUCAAAAGUAAAACUUGGGCAUGUCAGAGCAACAGGAUCGAAUGACACAUUGCACUACAUCUGGGAUUUCACAAGAAAUCCAACUAUAUUUAUCGCUGUCACAUCGACAACUGCAAAAUUGGUUGUUGAUUGGAAUAAAUACGUAUCUAGAUUACCACACGCAGUGAAAUUUACUGAGAAGCCCAUGUACACAUUUGGGAUUGUCAUUGAAAGGUUACUCGAAUUUAACGAUAUUCAUGAUGAUGGCAGAAUGGACGAAAUACUCGAUUCAAAUGUAGUUGAAGUGAACUUCCAGAAUUUCCAAUGGCAUCACAAAAAUUUGACUCACCAUGACAGUUUUGUUGAGUUUUAUAUCCAAGCUAGUGAUUACAAAGAUCUAAAUACAAAUGAAACGAGAAAUGGAACUAUUGAAUUCUUGUUGCAAGGGUUCAGCACCUUAAAUCAUUCCUCCGUUACACCUAAAAUGUUGCAUUCUGAAAAUGCCACACAAAUGGAUGUAACCAUUGAUCAUUUGGAUACAAAAGCAAACUUUACUAGUAGUAGAUUUGCGUUUGAAUUAUUAUUCGUAAGUGAGAACGAUUUAAACUGCACGUUACUUGCCAAUGGAAAGUGGAAAUUAGAUGAUGNUGUUUUUAAAUUUUUUUUUUAA